GCCUGUAAUGACAAUUGACAACCAUUUAAUAACCACUUUAGUAUUACUAUGUAUUUUGAACUAAAAAUUUACUUUUUACACAACUAGUUAUUUUUAAACAAAAAUGACAGUCCGUCAUAGAAAUUGAAAACAAAUAUGUCAAUAUGUGGUUCAAAUUAAUAAACUAAAGAAAAUUAAUUUGAUAAACGGAAAGUUAAGUUAAAUAUUUUGAUAUAAUUUUUUCUUUGUUUCAAUUUUCAAGUUUGUUACACGAGACAACAAUUAAUAAAAAUAAAACUUCAUUGUUUCAAUCCCUUAAUGUCAAACGUCUUACUAAAUAUAUAAGAUUGGAGUAAUUUAUAUACAAAUGAACAAAAUUAGAAGAAAAUCAAGAGAAAAUGUUUUGCAGUAAAUUUUAAUUUUACUGUUUAUUGUUUUUAUGCUGAAUAAUUAAGUCCGAAAAAUAAUUAUGGCUUUCGAAUUAUUUCGAUGCGACACACAUUUUAUUUUUGUUAAAGAAAAAGACAGCCUCUGGUGGGAUAAAAAUUCUGGAGAAUUUUCAGUAAAAUCUGAUUGGGAGUGGGUGAGCGCUAAUAAUUUGGAAUGCCUGGGAAUUUUUUAUGGAAUCAUUGGUAAAAUCGACCAAACAUCUUUUAUGGAGUCAAGGAUAAUGUUAAUAAAAGACGUAUGCAAUGUUGGUGAAUUGUAUGGAAACCAUAUAAUUUACCAAAUAAAAUCAGUGGCAUUCCUUGAACUUGGCAGUAAGAAUGUAAAUAUCAAUCUCCUUCCUUGUAAAAAACAUCGCGAUAUGAACAACAAGUCUCUUGGUGGACCUCUGGAUGAUUCACAAAAAACGGGCUUUGCUAAAACUUGGGGUACCAUAAAAAGUGCGACGAACACAAUAAAAAGUACGACUCAACAAGCAGCGACACUUGCAACUUCGCAAGUUAAGUCAACAAUGAUCAGAAGAAGCGGAAAAGACAAAGAAAAACUUGAAAAACGGCUACUCGAAGAGCUGAGUAAAAUAUUUUCUGAGACUGGUUCGUUCUUUUUCUGCCAUACUGGCGAUAUAACAAACAGUUUACAACGACAAAGUAAUUAUACUGAGUUACAAAGUGGAAAAAAUAAACGACCUUUGUGGCAAACUGUAGACGAUAGAUUUUUUUGGAACAAAAAUAUGUUACGUGAUAUUAUAAAUUUAAAUACUGAAUUAGCGGAUCACUGGAUUUUACCAAUAAUCCAGGGUUAUGUACAGAUUGAAAAGUGCAAAGUUGAAACGGGUUAUGAUCAGCAACCCAUUUAUGAAAUAUUUCACCUUGCGAUAAUUUCAAGAAGAAGCCGGUUCCGAGCUGGGACGAGAUAUAAGAGAAGAGGCGUUGACGAUGACGGUAAAUGCGCAAAUUAUGUUGAGACUGAACAACUGAUUUGGUAUCACGAUCAUCAAGUAUCGUUUGUUCAAGUUCGUGGGAGUGUUCCUGUAUACUGGUCCCAGCCUGGUUAUAAAUACAAACCGCCCCCUCGAAUUGAUAAAGAUGAAAGCGAAACUCAAAUUGCAUUCGAAAAACAUUUCGCUGAAGAAACCUCAUGUUACGGACCCAUUUGUAUUGUCAAUCUCGUAGAACAAUCCGGUAAAGAAAAAAUAAUUUGGGAUGCAUACAGUGAUCACGUGAUAAAAUAUAACAGUCCUGAUAUUAUUUACACUACAUUUGAUUUUCAUGAAUAUUGCCGAGGAAUGCAUUUUGAAAAUGUGACGAUCUUAGUUAACGCAUUGUCAGACGUACUAGGAGAAAUGGGAUACUGUUGGCGUGAUUCUCAAGGAUCAAUUUGCUCUCAAAAAGGUGUAUUCCGUAUAAAUUGUAUGGAUUGUUUAGACAGAACGAAUGUUGUGCAGACUGCGUUAGCAAAAACUGUGAUGGAAAUGCAAUUUUCUAAGCUCGGAUUGAUACCGCCCGAUGGGUCGCUUCCGUCAAAUAUACGACAGACAUUUCAGUCACUAUGGGCAAAUAACGGUGAUAUCAUCAGUAAACAGUACGCGGGAACGAAUGCUCUGAAGGGAGACUAUACGCGAACCGGCGAGAGAAAAAUUACCGGGCUUAUGAAGGAUGGAGUCAAUUCAGCAAAUAGAUAUUAUCAUCAACACUUUUUGGAUGAGACUUAUCAGGCAGCGAUAGAUAUUACCCUCGGUUAUCCUAUCGAUACUAAAAAUCUCAAGAACAAUUUUUUGCAUACUUUACAUAUUCUUGAUAACUGUUGCAUUGAACUCAUACCUGUUAAACCGCCAAAUAUAGAGCUUCAAUUAUUAAAUCACCCUGACAUUUUACUUGUGACAAAUAUUUUUAAAUUUACGAGGUAUUAUUUAAAUCGCUUUAAAGAUGUAUAUAGACAAGCAAGUAUUGAUUUAAUGUUAGGAAAAUCAGUCAGUGAAGAAAUAUUUCAAGAGCGAACUGAAGAAGAAGAUAAUGUUGCUACCGCACUUCAUGUUAAAUUACUAAUUGAGGAUUGCAAAAAACUCUUAAUUUCAAAUCCUGAAGCUGUUUUAGGAAGUUGGGGACUUAUUGAUGCAGAUCCAGUAACGGGAAAUCCCAACGAGACGGAAAUGGACACUAUUUUAAUUUUAACUAAAGACAACUAUUACAUCGCAGACUAUGAUGAUCAAAUAGACAAAGUUACGAAUUACCAACAAGUUCUUUUGUCUGAAAUUGAAAUAAUUGAAUUUGGUCAGCCAGAAAUUAGUGCAUCGUUUUUUAAAAACAAACAGCAUCACUGCAUUCGAAUAAAUUAUCGCUUAAACAAUGAAAGCGGAUAUUUUCAUAUGUUCCGAUCUACAAACUUGAGGUUUUUCAAUAAUAUGGCAGUCGUUAUUAAAACAGACGAAGAGGCAUUAGAAUCGAUGAAAGCAAUUUGUGAAGCUUUUUCAGUAGCAAUCGAAAUUGCUGGAUUACCAGAAAUUCCGAUAGUAAUGAAUACUUCUUUAAUUAAAAAAGUAAGUAAACAAGUAGAAACUAAAGAGUCUACUGGUCUUUUGGACAUAUCAUCAUUUCCACAAUUAACUAGAAAUAUUUCUGAAACUCAGCUUCAUGCUCUUAAGAAUGCAGGUACCAAAGCGUUCAAUAAUAUGUCUGAACAAUUUAGUAAGUUGAAUAAAUUAAGUAAUAGCUUCAGUGGCUCGAAGAAACUGCCAUUGAAUCAGGCAGAAAAAAAAUCAUCGAAUGAUAAAGUGGAACAAAAUGUACAGUCGAAAAUAGUUUUCACUAUUGAAAAGUGUGAAUCUGCUAUUGAAGCUGAAAAUUUUGAUUUCGAUAACAACAGCUAUGACGGCAGUAGCUGCGAUAGUCCAUCCUUUGAACUUUCGAGGAGAGACAAAAAUAUAGAUGGUGAUAAAGUCGGUAGUAAACAAGAAAAUUUUGAAGGUGACAAUACAAAAGCUGUAAAUCCGAAUCCUACAAUAACUAUUCAAAAUACUGAUGCUCAGGAAAAAGAUGAGAAAGAAAAAAUUGUACCACCAUCGACUUUAAAUCUUGUAAAGAAUAUCAGUCACUCAUCAAGUGAAGUUGACGGUAAAACUGAUACUUAUAAUUUGAUAGAAGUUGAUCAAUCAGAAGAAAGAAAGCACAGUAGUCUUAGUGAAGAUUUACCGCAAAAAAAUAAUAUAACGUCUUCACAAAGUGAAUCCGCAAUAAAGUCAAUAAAAUCGAACAUCACAAAUGCAACCAGCCCGGUCGCUAAUACGGCCAAAGAAAUUCUCUCACCGUUUUCUAAAUUUGCCAAAGGAGUUCAAACAUUCGGUGCGAAUUUCGAUCCGAGAAAACUUAAAUCGAAUCAAGGUACGGUUACCAAGACCUUGUCGGAUCACCAUUUGGAUCAACGAGAAAAAUUAAUCGAACGCUGGAAAGGGUGUAAGUCGAUGUUGAUUGCUUUGUAAUUAGUAUUAAUUAUAGUAUGCGAAACCACUGUGUUUUAGAAACAGUAGGUAACCGUAAAUAAAGUGCUUAAUAUGUUUUAAUUUAGAUCAUUGUAAUGUAAUCUCACAUGUAUGUGUUCAUGAUACCAGCAUCGAAACUUUAAGUUUCAGUGUUUCUUCAGUGGUCUUGAAUUAACUCGUUUCUAACUGGCUGCUGACACUGAAACUUUAAGUUCCAAUGCAGGUAAUCAUGAAAAAUAUAGUGUGUAACUCAGGAUGAAACACGAUUUCAGACUGCGAGUUAUGUCAGCCAACUUCACCCUGUUCUGAAAUCGUUUUGUUUCAUCCCCUGUCACAGUGUAUUGUGUGAUAAGAGAUUAAACAAUACGAUUUCGGGCAUCACAUGAAGUUUGAAAUCGUGUUUUAUCCUACGUCACUCACUAUAUUUCCCAUAAUUACCUGGAUUGAAACUUAGUGUUUCAAUGUUUAGUGCUAAUCGACACAAGACGAUUUAAGAUUAAUUGUAUACGUAUCACUUUUACUGUUAGUUUACAUCCGGUUCUGACAGUACUGAAUUACCAGAAGUAAAAAUCUUAUCCAGUGGACAAAAACUAGACGUUUUUUUUUGCUAUAGACAAACUAAUGGACUGAAAUUAGUGUAGUUCGUUAGGCAAAACAGGUAUUAAAUUCUUAGUUUCAAUGCAGGUGAUAUAAAAAAUUCAGUAUCAUAGUAAAUUAUAGUACAGAAAAAUAGAAUUUAAAAUGCAAAAGUCAGAAAAAAAAUUCAGAGCUGUUUCAUAUUUUAAAAGUUAUCACUCAAUUACAUAAAAUGUUAUAAAAUUCCAUCUACUGAAGCAAAAAAAAAUUUUUGUUGGGAAUAGAAUUCAUUCAUUGAAAAAUGCAAUACAAUUAAUUAUGAAUACGGUUUAAAAUAUUUGGAUUAUUCAAAAUAAAAAUAUGAAAUGGACUCAAAUUUUACUCUUCAUGUGCUCUUAUAAUUGGACUGUAAUAUGUGUAAAUAUAAAAACAUUAUCGAUGCAUAGCUCUCAUUGAAAUCUGUACUGAACAAAAAAAUGAGAUUUUUAUUGCCAAAGUAAAAAUUAAUGAGGUCUGCAGAUAAGAAUAAAAUCGAAUUUAUGUUUAAACUUAAAUUAUUUAUUCGAAUUAAAUUACCAAAAAAUAUUAUUUUAAUAUUUUUUCAUUAUGGUAAAUAUAAUUUUUUAUCACAACCAGUUAUUAUCAUUUUAUAAAUCUAUAUAUAUACAUAUAUAUAUUACAAAAGAAGUCAUACUCUGAAACUGAUGAAACCACACGAAAUUUUUUAAUUUCAUUACUUAUUCUUUAAGUAUUAACAAUAACGAAAAAAAAAAAAAUUGAAUAUAUUUGAAAUACAUAAAAAAAAAUGAAUUGAACCGAAU